CUGUAGUGUAGCCCGAACCAUAAGCGGCUAUACUUUUCCCCUCAUUUGGAGUGCGGAAGAAAAGAGUUUUUAGCCUUUAAACCUGUGCGACGGCAAUCGCGAAGGUUCUGUAUGUUUUUAUCCAUUUUGCUUUCUAAUCAAUAUUCAUUUGAUCGAGUGUUAUUAAUGAAAGGGGCUGGAUUUUGAAAAAAAAAAAAAACGGGAUACAGAAGGAAUAAGAAAAGAGAAGGGGCGUAAUGAAAGAGGGAAACAGAGUGAAAGAUACUGAUAGACUGGAACAUAUGAGAAAACGUUAGGACUAAACAUUCUGUACAUGCUAUAGAAUAUGAAGCCUUUUAAAAAACAAGGCAGACGAUCACCUCCAUCCACACGAGCCAAAGGGACUAAGAGAAAAGGGCUGAUUGAUUCAAGUCCAGAAGAGGAGAAGAGGGAAACAGAGGAAAAACUGAGGCUCUCACCAUCCUCUCCUAAGAGACUGAUAUCCUCGAAUUCAGACUCGUCACAAGAUGAGUUAGUUAGAGCCAUCAGAACCCCAGAGAGAGAGGGAAAAAGAGAAGGAAUACCGGAUGCAUCAGGGGAUUACGGGAAGGCAAAGGAGCAUUCUCGGAGCUUUAAAUCAGGUGGCGCACAGAGUGACAGUAACAGCCCCAAUCCCCCGUCCAGCCGCAAAACGGCCACUUUUAAGGCCCGUGUGCCGAAGAAAAAGUAUACCUCUGAGCACUAUGCUGGAAACCAUGGCAAUGAUGGCAAUUCCAGUACUCCCCCACAGAGUAACAGCAGUACACCUCACAACUGCUCCACUGCUAGUCAGGGCAGCACCACUGGAGCUGAAUACACAGAUACGGUCAAUCAGAGCAAUCAGGUACCUGUGGCCAGCACCUCAGGGGUCAUGCAGAACAGCAUGGCUCCACAGUCAAACAGAGUAGGAGAUGAGAAUAGUGAGAGAGAAAAGAUAAAUAGUCCUCAGCGUUGCUCCUCCACAGACACAGCCAGUGAGCACUCGGCUGAUCUUGAGGUGACGACACAGCAAACUGGAUCCCACUCCAGUGUUCAAGUGGGCCAAGCUCAUGUUAGUCCUGAGCCUCCAUUGGAAAACUUACCAGCUGGGCUGUCACAAACACUUGCUAAGGGUUUAAAGAACCAGAGGGUCCUGGCCAGAGUGAGCACAGGUAGAGGGGAUAAGUGGCCACCUGACAGAGGACGAGAGUCAUCAGGAGUUUUUCGUGCUGGUGUUGUACGAGAGGUCAGUGGAGAGCAUGGAAUUGUGGAGGUGCAGUUACACGGAGAGGAAACAUUAUGCAAAUACCCAUUCCGAGUGGCAAAUGAUAUGGUAGACGUUAUAUUGGAUGCACCCCCUCCGGGGCAUGCAUCUGUGCCCACUGGAACACGUGUGUGUGUGCCCUAUGGAGGUGACAGUGCAGGCAUUGAGGGGGCACAACAGUGGUACAGAGAAGGCCUAAUCACCCAGGUGGACCCUCACCCUGCCGUCUCCUUCCCUUAUCGCGUCCAACUCCAAAAGGAUCCUGCAGAAGAAAAGGAUAGAACUGGACCAGAAGAGGAUUGGAGGGGCAAAACUGCUCAAGCAGUGUGGGUCUCACGAUCAAGUCUCCGCCUUCUUGUUCCACCAUGGGAUCUUGAGCUGCCUCAACCUUCUGACCAAGGGAAGGAUGGUCGAAGAGUGGUGGAAAGAGAGAGGGAGUGGGAGGAUAAAGAGGAGAUGGAAGUGGAACCAGAGCUGCACCAAUUCAGCAUGGUGCAUGCGGUAACACGGCCAGUCUUAGUUACCGGACUGUUACACCCUGAAAAUUCAUUAUCCCUUUCCUCAUCUUGUUCAGUUAGCACUGCCAUCACUUCUGUACUCAGCAUGGCUCCAGACAGAGCUUGGGACUGCAGCCGACAAAAAGAGCUGGAGAAGGAGAGGGAGUUGCAAAGGCACUCUGAAAAAGAACGAGAAAGGGAAAGGAUUUCUUUACAAGCACCAGCCCCAGAAGAGGACAUGGAGGUAAGCCAUUUCAGCAUGGCUCCACUCAGGGAUGGUGGCCUCACAUUAACCAUGGGCUCUAAAACUAUGGGUGUGCCCUCUCAACAUCGACCCAUUCUGUCUAAGCCCGACUACCUCAGCCCUCAUCUGUCAGUGGUGAGAGGCAUAGGCACACCAUUAGCACCCCACUUAUCCCUUGGCCCCUCCCCUGUACUGUUGGGAAUGGAUGCAUCUGCAGGGGCUGCAGUCAUUUCUUCUACCCCACAGUUGCCUCCACUGCCUCCCUCUUCUUCUCGCAGCUCCCUGGAGAAAACCUCCACUUCCAGCUCCCAUGGUACAUCAGGGGGAGGUUCUAGCUCAUCUUCUUCCUCACGUUCCCGUACACCUCUCACAGCUGCUCAGCAGAAGUACAAGAAGGGGGAUGUGGUAUGCACUCCAACAGGAAUCCGGAAAAAGUUUAAUGGGAAACAGUGGCGGCGACUGUGCUCCCGUGAGGGCUGCUCUAAGGAGUCCCAGCGACGUGGCUACUGCUCCCGUCAUCUGUCCAUGCGUACUAAAGAGAUGGAGGCAGGAGGUGGUUUGGGCAGAGACAGAAGUGGUGCCAGCAGUACAGGCACCCUCACACCGGAUCUUCGCUUAGGAGGUCGUACCAGCAGUGAGAUUGACUGGGAUGAGACAUCACAUGAUAGUAGUGAAGCCAGCAGUCGCGGAGGAGACUCACGUCCUCGUCUAAUUUUGCCUUCCCUUCUACCACAAGAACUGCCACGUGAUUUGUCACGCUUUGACUUUGAUGAGUGUGAGGCAGCAAACAUGUUGGUGUCUCUGGGCAGCUCACGCUCAGGCACUCCCUCAUACUCCCCUGUAUCCAAUCAGUCACCAUUCUCCCCAGCCCCAUCUCCUUCACCAUCUCCACUCUUUGGUUUUCGCCCAGCUAGUUUCAGCCCCAUCACUGCACCUUCAUCUCUCACCCCUCGCCGUCACGAUCAACGUCCACGGCAUCUGAGUGGUACCAAGUUGGGUACCCCCAGUUCAGAGCAGGAUCGCCAUCUGUCUGGCAUUAUGCCCACUUUCCAGACCAACCUGACUUUUACUGUGCCUAUGAGUCCCAGUAAGCGUAAGUUGGAUGCUCCACCACCCCCACUUCCAAUUGCACCUGAUUAUGCUAAGUCUGAUCCCCAACUAAGUGACUUGCCGCUAGGUCUCAAUCCUGUAGCCUUCAGAGCAGUAUCACCUCAAAGCCAGUCAAACACACCCUCUUCUCUUUCUUUUACUCGACCAAGGAGCACAACUAGUCGUCCCUCAUCUUCUGCUGCAUCCACCCCUCCACCUAUGUUGGUUUCUCCUACACCCCCAUCACCACUACCCCAGGACCCCAGCUCACGCCGUAUUGUUCCCCUGCGUGAUUCACCUGUAAUCGUCCGCAAUCCUGAUGUGCCACUGGCAAAAUUCAGUGAUGGUCCCUUGAGCAGAAGAACAGGUUCCCGCACCAGAGAACAUAGUCAACCGCCUCAUCUUGCUGUGGGUCUCCAGGCUCCUAUUCCCAUUAACAGAGCUGCCACAAAUGGCACAGUACUGCUCCGGAACUCUGCCCCCACCUUGCUGCUGGUAACCUCUGACCAGUCAGUAACUACUGUGUCAGCUGGUCAUCAAACCUACUCAAGCCAGAGCCCCAGCUGUGUUUCUUCUUCCAGUAUAGCUGCUGGUCCCACCAGUUCAGGCUCUGGAGGGAGAGAGCAAGACAAGAAGUCAGGUGAUCAUACAGAUGUACAAGGAGGGAUUUUACCCCAACCCAUGGCCUGCCAUCCAAGUCCCACUGCCCUACUGCCUCUUAUUCUACCAGCAGAGUCUCCGCAUCCCGCCCCUCGCAAAGACAUUAUAAUGGGACGACCUGGCACAGUCUGGACUAAUGUGGAGCCUCGCUCAGUGCAAGUGUUUCCCUGGCAUUCAUUGGUUCCGUUCUUGGAGACCAGCCAAUCAAAUUCAUCCAACCAUCCUACAGACGGUCAAAUACAAAGCAAAGAGCCACAGUGUGGAGUAGCUCUCAUGACUGAUGACCAGUCAGUUGCUGAAAGAGCGUCACCCUCUUGCCCACCACCAUCUGUAGGUGAUCCUCCAGCAGAGAGAGGAGGAGGAGGAGGAGAUAGUGAGACGGAGAGUGAUGCUGAUGAUCUUUUUUACUCAGGUGGAGCCCAAGAUUCUGCCCCAUUGACUGGUCCAGUAAAGAGACGUACCCAGUCACUCAGCGCUCUGCCCAAAGACAGCGACAAGAAGAGAGAAAAGGACCACAUACGCCGGCCAAUGAAUGCGUUCAUGAUCUUUAGCAAGCGUCACCGUGCACUGGUGCACCAGAGGCACCCAAACCAGGACAAUCGCACGGUCAGUAAGAUCCUGGGUGAGUGGUGGUAUGCCCUAGGUGCCAAGGAGAAGCAGAAGUACCAUGACCUUGCCUUCCAGGUUAAGGAGGCUCAUUUCAGGGCUCACCCUGACUGGAAGUGGUGUAAUAAGGACAGGAGGAAGUCUUUGUCUGAGGGCAGAGGCACUCCAGGGGCUAAAGAAACCCGAGAACGGAGUGCUUCUGAAAGCACAGAGACCCAGUCUAUUUCUCACCGGAGUGAGCACAAAGCAGCAGGACCUAGCUGUGUAUCAACAGAAUCUGAGCACUGGGGAGGACCAGCAGGGGGUCAGGUAUCACGGCCUCGGGCUUUGUCCCAGAGUGCAGUUCAUAGCCCAGAGAGAAGAGAGGAAGGAAAGGAUCUAGUAAAGAAUGGUCUAAGUUCAUUUCAGACUUGCCCUCCUCCUUUCUCACAGCGUGGGACUAGCGAGGAUGUAACUAGCGACGAAGAGCCAAUGGUCAUCUGUGAGGAAGAAGGGGAUGAUGAUGUCAUCGGUGAUUCAUUUCCAGAGGGUUCAAUCGACCUAAAGUGUAAAGAGAGAGUUACAGAUAGUGAUGAAGAGAAUGAUCCUGCAGACGAAACAGAUGGAAAGCGAGUAGUUCAUCCCCUCUUCCUCUCAUCACCUGGAGGCGAAUCGGCAAACAAAGAGACAGAAAACAAGGAAGAGUGUGCAGAAAGUAAGAUAAAGCAGGAGACAGAGGCUGGAGACCUGGGUGAAGGAAAAGGAGCAGGCGGAGGAAUGGGAGAAGGAGGAUCAGGGCAGGUCCCUAAAUGUUUAACCCUAAAUGGCACUUUCUCAUCUGAAGCAAAAGAUUUGCAUGUGCCAGGGACAGUCCGAACAGCUCCCACGGUGGUAACAAAUGUGGUAAGGCCUGUAAGCAGUGCACCCAUUGCAAUAGUCAGCAAGCCUGCUGAAGGGGGCAUGUCUGUUGGGACUCCAUCCCCUGAUGGGAAGCCUAAGCUUCUGUUUGGUGGGGGAGGGGCAGCAGGAAGUGGGUCCAUUGCAGGAGGUGGGUACUUUUCUGCAACCUCUCCCAAACCUGUCGGGCAAGGAGGUUUAGUCACGGGUUUAGUGCUUGGAGGAGCAUUCCCGAAUCCAUCCACUGUUCAGCUCAUAACCCCGCCCCAACCCUUGCCAGGCCCCACCGCUAGUAAUGGAGCACCUAACAAUAGCUCCUUGCCCCUUCCUCUGCUUCAGCCUCAGUUUCUCCCAGCAGCUUCACUCACUCCACCUACCAAUGGCAAACAGGUCACCCAGGUGCAGUACAUCCUUCCUACUCUACCAGCCACAGCCACCCUGAACAGCCCCUCUACACAGCACACCCACCAGUCAGCCGGUGUUCUUGCCCUGCCCACUGCCCUGCCAGCACACUUGUCAUUGUCUAAUGGAUUGCAUGCAGGGACUGGGGCAGGGAUGAGAUAUGCCUCAGUGCCAGCAGUGGGAGCAGUCAGCCCAGGAGGAAGAGCACGGUCUCCAGUCUUACAAAACAAGAUGCUGGUUCCCAUGACAACAGUAAGACCAGGAUCUACACCUCCACAACCUAUUUCCCUAGUUGCCCAGCCUCUUCCUGUUCAAAAUGGAGUGCAACCUGGAAGCAAGCUCAUUCAGAUUGCCCCAAUGCCAGUGGUCCAAACUAAUGUCCAGCCUGCACGGACGGCACAUCCUGCUGCAUCCUUCCCAGUCUCUAUGGCAACAGCGACGGUCAUGGCCUCAGGUGGCACAUCUCCUCAGACAGUGCUACUGACUCCAUCUGCUACAAGGAUUACAUGUGUUCAGUCAACCACUAGUGUCCCUACCCCUUUGUCCCUGGGGUCCACAACAGCAGUCUCUACUCAGCGAGCAGCACCUCCCCACACUCAAGCAUUUUUACCAUCUGCUAUGGCCACGCUGGGCUUCACUGCCAUUGCUCCUGCUGGACCUGCACUGGUGCAUCCAAUAAUGGCAGGUCAGCCUCCACUCCUGGCUCAGGUUCCAUCCCCCAGCUGUUUGCCACAGUCCUCAGCCUCAGAGACCAGUCGACAGCUAGUGACUGCUCUGUACCCUGGCCCAAGUGUCACACUGGCGACAGGAAUGGUUUCCAUGACAACUACAUCUCAAAAUGUGACUAGUCCUCUGUCGGUUCUGACAUCCCCCUCAUCGCCUCAUACAAAGACGUCUAUAGUGUCCAACGCGCACUCACAUUCUCAGACCUACACGGACGCACCAUCACAAGUCACGGUGAAGAUGGAAGGUCUUAAAAGACCAGAGGCAGAUACACACAGAGAAGCAGUGUUGACAAACUCCUCGAGCCAAAUGGAAGAAUUAGGACGGCUCGCUAGUCCAACCCCACACCUGCAUUCAGGAAGUAGGUCAGGAUCCCCAGAACUGCCCCUGAGCCCACAGAAGAUCAAAGUUCAAGUUGAGCACCCUCUAUCAAGACCAGAAGGAGAAGAUCAGGAUGGAAAAAAGAUGAACAGAGUGGACUAUGACAGUGACAGAGAUGGAGGAGGAAUGGGGUCAACAUGGAUCGAGAAAGCUGUGAGGGAGAGGGGAAUAGAAGGAGCCCCAAAAAGUCCAUUAACUAAUAACAAGGAGGAACAUGGCAGAGAGACUGGGCAAAAAGAGGUGUGCGGUUUGGACCUUCCUCCUCCUCCACCAACGCAAAGUGACACUCCAGCACUGAAGAAGAAGUCCCGCCCUCCGCCUCUGAAAAGCACCACCGGCUCUGUGGACAAAGUGUUGUCAGAGACGUAUUUUGAGGAGCGCCUAGCUGAGCUACCUGAGUUUAAGCCAGAUGAUGCGUUGCCUUCCCCUAACUUACAAAAUCUAGCCACAUCUCCCCGGGCAAUUCUCGGCAGCUAUCGCAAGAAGAGGAAUUCAACAGAUUUGGACUCUGUUGAUGACCCCAGCUCUCCAAGGAGGAAGAGUCGUCGAUUAUCGAGUUGUAGCUCAGAACCCAACACACCCAAGAGUGCUGCCAAGUGUGAGGGGGACAUCUUCACCUUUGAUCGUACUGGAGAGACAGAGGACAUUUUAGGUGAGCUGGACCGUGUACCAUACUCUCUACGCCGCACGCUGGAUCAGCGCCGGGCACUGGUCAUGCAGCUCUUUCACGAACAAGGCUCUUUCUUCCCAUCAGCCCAGGCCACAGUUGCCUUCCAGGCGCGCUACUCUGAUACUUUCCCCACUAAAGUGUGUCUGCAGCUGAAGAUUCGUGAAGUGAGGCAGAAGAUCAUGCAGACCGCCACUCCCGGUGGUUCAGAGGCUACAGGGAUGGGAGGAGCUUUCAGUGGCUCAGAUCCUGCUUGUACACCGGGACCAUCCUCCAAUCCUAUAACCAGCGAAGAUGGCGUGGCCGAGGUAGAGGAAAAGGGCGGCGAGUGGGAAAAGUCUAAACCUGGCAUGGAUGAUUCACAGGAUCUUAGAUGAAAACUGAGAGAAGGGAUAGACAUGUUAGAAUGUGGGACUGGGCAGUAGGCAGAUUUAAACCAAGUCCACUGACAAUAUACAGCACUUGCAUGGUUUUCGUUGAAUUUAUAACCGACUGUGUGAAUUUUGUUCCGCUUGUCUUUUUUCACAUCGUUAUUUUCCUGUCAGUGGACACUUAUCUGUGUCAAGGUGACCAUUUACACAGGCUGACCAACACACAUAUAUUUUAUGCAAGUACACAAAAUUAACUUUCGUAACAGGCACAAGCACCUUUUCAACAAAACAAUCCUGCAGCACUCACCAGCGGGUUGUUUAUCCGUCGCUCGCUUUAGAUGUUAAAGACGGCGUUCUGCACAAAGUUUCUUUGCCUGGCAUAAAAAUACGAGACUGUUCAGAGGAAAUUGGUGGGAAACGAGCGCGCUUGCACUUUGCUUUGUGAGAGGCUGAGACAGAACCGUGCGGCCAGAGAGGAAGAGGUGACGGAACUCGUCUAUUUUUGAAAAGGGGGAAUCAGGCUCAGAACCGAACCUUCCAAAAGCAACAAGACUUUCUCAAUCUCAGCUGAGCAGAAAGCAAAAGCUAUAGUGACUGCCAAAACAGCACAACAACAAAGAAUCCAACACAUAAAACCCAGGCAGCGGUGUGCAUCUUCUCAAACGGAGCAUGAGUAACGAUAAAAACACACACUUUCUGUCUCUUUUGCUUUUUCAUUUGUAGUUGUUGUGUGGUAUUGGUGGAAAUGAUACCCCCUUAAACCCCAGAAUAGCUUGCUCAUCUCUUGUUAACUUUAGUGGCAUUUCUAGCACAGACCAAUCAGUCUAUCCAUGCCUUGGGGCAGAAGAAUAAGAGCCUAUAAUCUGAAGCUCUUCUUCUCAUGCCUCUAUCUCUGGCCUUUCCUCAACUCCACCUCUCACUGUAUAUAACCAUGAUGGCUCAGGGGCUUUAAGGCUCUUUGCUCCUUCUCACCCCUCUUUUCUUUUCUUUUUUUUUUAAAUGUUUUUAUCAGAUGUUUGCACAAUACGUGGUCCAGGACCACACGUUAAAUCAGGAAAGUGUUUGUUUUUCAAGAUGUAAAAAGAAACUAACCAACAACUGCAUUUCAGUUCAUUUUAUUUUUCCUUAUGUAGCAUAUAGUUUUCCUUUAAAAACAACAAAAAAAAAACCCACACCAUUUUUAUAUUAUUUUCUGCUUCUUCUUAAACUGUUACCUAACUCGUAUGGAAAGUGCCCCUGAGGGGCUGGUCCAGAAUUUGUAACCGUGUGGAUGAUUCGUAACCAGGAUUAUGCAAAGGGAAAGACCUGAGACCAGCGCUAAGGUGGCAUUUCUCAGGAUCUCCCCUUUUCCUUUAGCUGCCACAUCUUUCAUUGGUGCAAUAGGACUGUGUUGAUGGGAAGUUUCUUUAGAUAUUAGCUGAGUGACCAGUUUUUGUGCCAUAGAUAUUUACUGUUCAAAAGGAUAAUGGUGUUACAGUAUGAUAUAUACAGGAAAAAAUAUAUAAUAACAUUAAUAAUUGAGUGUUGAGAAAGUAAUUCAAACUAUUUAAACAUUGGGCCUCAUUUAUCCUGACAGAUUUCCUGGAAGUGUUUGGAAGAAUGUCCUUAUCUUAGGUACGCUCUUGGGGUUAUGUUAUAAUUUUACCAACUUAUUGGCUUUAAAUCAUGUAACUCUCAAAAAUAAAUCGCUUAUUUAUUUUAAUUAUACACCACUGUGGUCAUUUCACUAAAUAUAAUUAACAGCACUAAUUAAUAAAUUACUUAAUAUAGAAAUAAAAAGCAAACAAGCAAAUCAAUACACCUAAUUUAACUUCACACUGACCACUUCUCCAGAUUUUAGCCUUUUCAGAUUCUGCUAUAUUUGCAUAAUUAAUAUUUUUAAAUGGUGCGAACAAAAUAAUUUCCCCUCCUGCCCUCCUGAGUUUUUUAUUUAAUUUUUUUAUGGGUUUGUGGGCACCAGGAAAAAAAAAAAGAUAAAUGAGGCUCAGUGAGUGUACUGACACUUUGAUACUUCCCAGUCUUCACGAUAUAUACAUACUCUCACUGGCCACUUUAUUAAGAACACAUUAGUCAUGUGGCAGUCACAUGCAAGAUCAAGAGCUUAAAGUAAAGCAGGAAAAGAAUGAGGAAAAUAUGUCAUCUCACUGGGCUGGUUUGAGUAUUUCAGACUGAUCUCCUGGAAUUCUGACACAAAAAAAUCUGGAAAAAGACUAGUCGGUGUUUCUUCUACUUCCAGUUUCUUCACCGACUCUAGCUUCAGAUUCCAGUUCUUAGGUGUACUGGAUUAUAACCUCACGUGAUCUUCUGCUGUUGUAGCCCAUUCACCUCAAGGAUUUUAUUGUAUUAUAUGUUCUGAGAUGCUUUUCUGAUCACCAUGGCUGUAAAGAGUAGUUGUUUCCGUUAAAGGAGCCUUCCUUUCAGCUACUUUUACCGCAUUUCCACCCACAGAAGACUGUUGUGCAUGAAAAUCUCAGGAGAUCAUAAGCUUUUGAGACACAUAAACCAGACCAUCUGACAUCAUGUGAACAUUAUCUUGCAUUGCUGACACAUGAUGGUAUAGUUGCAUAAAUGAACAGGUGUUCUUAAUAAGGUUUUUCCAGGGUAUUCCAUAUAUAUAUUUAUAUAUAUAUAGUGUGUAUGUGUGUGUGAGCAAGCAUAAUGUAUAUAAUGUUACCUAAUAUGCACCUUGGCAGAUCAGACUUGCCCCCAAAAUGUAAUCCGUACUAGUAGACUGUUAUUCCUGUGAGCUAGUCAUUAAUAGAGAGAUAAAAGGAUUCUAUACAAAUUUAUAUUCGGCACUUAUAACUCUUUCAUUCCCCAGCAUCGGAGAAAUGCUUGCACACACACAUGCACACCUGUACAUGUAUGUGUGUUCACCGUUUGAUUGUAAUAUCCAAUAAAUUGUCAUUAUCUGACUCUGAAGAAGGAAUUUUUGGAUGAGAAAGAUGAGCGUGAGCUCAUAAGCAGGCAUGUUGAUCAUGUGCAAUAUUUCUAAACAAAAGAAUAUUGAAAAUAUUAAAGACUUAACACAGUA